AUGAUUUGCAUUGAAUGUACCAGGCCUGUGGAUUCUCUAUAUACAGUUUACUCGAACAAGCACAUCCAGUUGACGGAUUGUCCCGAGUGCAAGAAUGUGGUAGAUCGAUAUGUUGAGUUCGACAAUGUGAUUCUGUUCAUUGAUCUACUGCUGCUGAAGCCAGGAGCUUACAGACAUUUGGUAUACAACUCUUUAGAGAGCUACUCAUCGAAAUACAGCGACAAGUAUGCCGUAGAGGGCUCCUUCGCCGAUAUGGUCCGUUCAAUGGCCCUGAAUGUCAACAACUGGAGACUAAAAUUCGACAAAAUCAUCAGAAUAUGGGUAUUACUAAUAGCCUUUGAAAUAUACCUCAGCUGGGCUUCUGAGGAGCGGAAAUACAGCUUGUAUUGCGAACGCAAGAGUUAUAAUGACCCUAGUGUUGAAAAUCUGAUCAUGAGCAGAGUGCUGUCCUGGAACCCGAUACGCCAAUACUUGUACUUCGCCAUCUACUGUGUCCUGGAUAUCUCAAUAUUCCACAGCAUGACAAGCUACGGUAUUAUAAAGCUGUGUCGCUGGGGAAAAAACGUUAAGGAUGCUCGAGAAGUGCUAUCGUACGCCAUCCUGCUUUCAUAUGGAGCCAAGAUCUUCCCAAUUUUGAUGCUCAUUUGGCCAUAUGAUGCGGUAUUCUCUAUGAGCGUUAUAAAAUGGGUCGCCAAUCUCUAUAUCAUCGAGUCGCUGAGAAUCGUAACAAAGCUCCCAUAUAUGUCAAUUCUGAAGGUCUUCCUUCUUGGAUCGAUAAUACGAUGGUCAUUAGUGAAACCAAUAAUGGUGCUUUUGGUUACUAGGGGCGACGUUCGUCAAAUGGAAGUGAUGUUCCUCUCUGAAUUCCACCUGGCGCUACAGAAAUUCCUGGUGAUGGAAAACUAUUUCUUGCUAUGA